GCGCACAGUGGUUUAGUUCGAUUGCGCAGAUACGUGGCGCACAUGUAACGAGAUAAACAUACGAACGUGUUUACGUCACAGCCAGCGUCAUCACAAUUUUCGCCAGUCCUCAGACUGUAUCGUUGUCAAACGCGUACUUCGUCUUCCUGGAAGAUCGUUCGAAACCACAGCGACAAUGGAAAUAGUGACGGACAUGUUCAAUUCGCCAGUGAUGGUUUUGCUGGCCGCCGCCGGAGUGGUUUUCCUCUCGGUGGUGAUUUUCCUUUUCGGCUUUCAAACGGUCAAAGAGCCAGCGUUCAGCAAGUUGACCGCCGAAGACAGAAAGGCCACCAACAAAAAACGCAAAAUCAAGGAAAAGAAGCCCACUUCCAAUGGACACGUGGCAUCUGGAGAGCCUAAGAGCGAGAAAUCUCCGACCAAGGAGGCCAAAAAAUCCCCGGCCAAGGAGCCCGAGGCCCCGAAGCAAAAAGAAAAGAAGGUAGAGAACAAGCAAGCCGAAAAAACCAAAAAAAACGAAAGCAACCGAACGAAAACAAUUGAGGAGGUGAAAAACAAGAGAAACGCGAGGAAAAACGCGCCGGAAAAACCGGUUGACUUCGACGAAGGAGAUUGGGAGACUGUCGUGAGCAAAGGCGACAAGAAGAAGAAGCAAGACUCGUCUCCGGCCAAAAAGGACAAGAAAAGCAAGAAGUCCGUCGAUAAAGUAGAUAACGCCGAAAUCGACAAGUUUGUAAAGGAGGUGGUGAACAAGGAGCUCCGCGAGAAAGAAAAGGACAAAGAAAUUAAGGCGCAAAUUAUCGAGGAGGUUGCCUCGAAAACCGUUGAAGAGGUUAUUCCGGAACCUGUUGCUGUGGUGGAAGAGAAAAAAGAGAAAAAGAAGGAAAAAAAGGUCAAGAAGGAACCUGUUGACAAGGUUGUCGACAGCAAGGAGACGCCGGCUCCUAAGGAGCAACCUAAACCUAAAGCUGUGGCUGAGGAGAAAGCUGAGGCUCCCUCUGGUGCCCCUGCUUUUGAUGAAUUGGGAGAUACUUGGACAGAGGCCAAAAUAGCGAAAAAGAGCAAGAAGAAAGCGCGCAGAGACAAUUAAUAAAUCUAAAAAGUUACUUUAGGCACUAUUAGCGGUGUUUUAAUUAGACUCAAUUAAAUCUUGGGCUAUGAGAUAAUAUCUCAGUAAUAACAAAAGACUUAUUAUAACUGACUCUAUAGAGUAAGAAUUUUGUAGGUUAUCUACGUUGCAAGAGGAGUUUUGUAUUGUAAUUUAGGUUAUGUCGGGCGAAUAUUUUUCACAAAAUGCAUAUCCUCACUCAACGAAAUUUUAUUGAUUUUUGGAGAAAGUAUUCGCCCAAGGAUUCUUCGGUUAAAAUAAAUGUCGUAUUUAAUAUAAUCAUUUAUUAUUGAAUAAGGCUUUUGUGUAUGUACAUAUGUCGGGCUGCUAAUCUAGUUAAAUGCAUUCCAUCGUCAUUAGACAUAUUAUGUACCUACAACAAUAUUAUAGGAAAAUGAGUAAAAAGGGUGCCAAUCAAAUUCUUAUUAAAUUUUGACCUACGCAAUGAAAAAUAAUGGCCUUUAGCGAUGCGGCAAAAUAUUUUUAAUAAUAUAUUUUUGCGAUAACAUGAAAUUUGUAUAACAAUCGUAAUUUUACGCGUCUUCCAUAUUCGUUUCGGUUUUUAAGUGUAUUUAUUUUUAGUGUUUCCGUAGUUUCUUAGCUGGGCAUUAAUUUUAUUUUGCUCGUUAGAUUUUAGGAUUUUUUAUACUGCUGCUUUGGUAAAAAUGACGCAUUUUUACGUAGCACUUUUCAUUGAUUGUUUAGAUAUAAUUUUUUUAAUUUUUACUAUAAAGAGGAGCCGUUUACCUCGCACCAAUUACAUCUACAGUUUUCUAUUUCUUGCCAAAAUUUUUCUACCGUUUCUUCGUCUAGAUAGCAUAUAUUUUUACGUGUAAAUAUUUUUUGCAUUUACUUUCGUGCUUGUUUGUUUUUUUUCCGGAAUCGUCUUUAACGGGUAAUCGUUUUUAAACAUUUUUUCUAGUUCUAGUUUGUCAUUUUUACAUAUUUCUAUUGUUUUGUUACUAUUUUUUAUAUUUUAUUUAAUGUUUUUGCUAAACAAACAGUAGCCUCACAAGUGUGUAUCAAUUUGAAAAGGGUGUAUAAUUUGGAUUUUUUUGUUUGUAAUAUUUAUUGAAUGUACCAACAUUCAUUCAAAAGAGUUUCUUAAAAAACAAUACGUACUUUUGACAUUUUAAGUAAAUUUAAACAUAAUUUAAUUUAGUAAAUAAUUUUGUACAUACCUACAUGAUUGUGUUUCUUAUAUUAUACAAUAUUUGUUGUAAUUGAUUAUGUACUAGGUCUGUGGAGUGUUAUCUUUUGGGGACCAUUUUAAAAUAUAUUUUAAAAAGUA